AUGGUCAAAUUUGCCAAUCAAGCUGAAUUAAACAAUGCUUUAGUAAACUUUAGACAAACCCAAACUGGUUGGGUCUUAAUUACCUACAAAACUCCAACUGAAUUAGAAUAUAAACAAUCAGGUACCGAUAUUGCAGCACUUGCCUCAUUACUCGAAGAUAAUCAAAUGGCCUAUAUUCUCAUCCGUUUAGAAUACACUCCAAACGACCCAGGUUUCAAGGAAGGUGGUUUAGAUAACAAAGCUAAUUUCAAAGAUAUCUUUAUUUCAUGGACCGGUCCAAAAGUUGGUAUUCUUGAAAGAGGUAAAAAAUCAGAACACAGAGGUGAUGUUCAAGCUUUAUUACAACCACACCACGCUGAUAUUAGUGCUAUUAAUAAAGCCAACUUUAACGCCGCCACCAUCAAAGAUCGUGCCAACCCACUCUCAGGUUCACACGUCAUUGAUUAA